AUGAUUCUGAAAGAGGCUCCUCCCAACAAAAUAGUUUAUGAAUAUAGUGAACUGGUAUUAUAUUGGAAUCAAGUGACGAGAGAGGCAAAUUUAUUUCAGGAAUCUUUGAAACAUAUAGAAACGUAUGAGAAGCUGAUAUGUGAUAAACUCUUGGUGAAAGAAAUUAAGGGGGAAAUGCUGUUGAAAUUGGGAAGAUUAAAAGAAGCCAGUGAAGUAUUCAAAAACUUGAUUGAUCAGAAUACAGAAUAUUGGUGUUAUUAUGAAGGCUUGGAAAAGGCACUGCAGUUCCCAUUAACAAUAAUCUCACUCAUUUUUAUUUUAGACGAGAGGCUUCAGAUUUUUGGAGGAAUCAGUAAGCAGCACCCCAGGGUGGUUUCACCACGAAGAUCACUACUGAAUCUUGCUCCAGGUGAAAAAUUUCGAGAAGUCAUGGAUAAAUUUCUGAGAACAAACUUCAGCAAAGGCUGUCCACCCUUGUUCACUACUUUGAAAUCUUCGAAUUGUAAUACGGAAAAGGUACGUUUGGCCCAGGAGCUUGUUACUAAUUAUGAAGCCUCUCUUAAAAUGAAUGGCUUUUUUGGCCCUUAUGAGAAUGGAGAAAAGGAACCCCCAACAACUCUACUCUGGGUCCAGUAUUUACUGGCACAGCACGUUGAUAAACUUGGACAGUAUUUGGAAUACUUAGCUUUGGAAUAUAUUAGUACUGUGAUUGCUAGUACUCCAACUCUAAUAGAAUUAGUCUACGUGGAAGCAAAUUUUACAAGGCCUCCUCUCUUACAGCAGAUGGAUAAUCUCAAAGGAGCCACACGGCGGAUGAAGGAAGCACAGUCUUUGGACACAGCUGAUAGAUUCCUCAAUUCCAAAUGUGCCAAAUACAUGCUUCGAGCAAACAUGAUAAAAGAAGCAGAGGAAGUGUUCUGUUUCCAAGUUCACCAGGUUAAAAUAAGAGCUUCGAUGCUUAAAAUUAGCUGUAGUAAUCUGGAGUCUGUCCUGUACAAAGUGGGGAGCAUUCCGGAAGGAACAUUCGCCAUGGAAAAUCUAAAUGAAAUGCAGUGUAUGUGGUUUGAGACGUGCGUUUUGGCCUAUCAGCGCCUGGGGAGAUACGGGGAUGCCUUGAAAAAAUGCCAUGAAGUAGAACGGCACUCUCCUUCUACAUGGACCACAGGAGGAAAGGAGCCGAAGAUGCACCGCUGGGGCAGUCCUCAGCACCUCUCAGUUGUGGCAGCACUUGGCACCACUCUUCCCCUGCUGACGGAGCUGAUGUUCAAUUCCGUCAUAGCAGGAAAGUCAAAGCAGCAGGAAUUUGAAGCAGCUAAAAACCUGUCAGCCAAAGAACUGAAGAAAAUGCUUAGCAAGCAAAAAAGAGCUCAGGGAAAGGCUAAGUUAGAAGAAGAAAGCAAGCACACAGAAAGAGAAUGUCAGCAGAAAAAUCAGAAGAAAAAAAAAGAAGAAGCCACCAGUGGCCAUAAGGAAGUACUUACUUCUGAAAAACUCGAAAGGGUGGAAAGGUACCAGGAGGAAAGCAUCAAAUUUCUCACUCCUCUAAAGACCCUUACUGCUGAUAACAUUGACACCCACCUGCUGGCAUUUGAAAUAUAUUUUAGAAAAGGUGCUAAAAUGAUGUAUUUUCUGGACAAGUCAAGGCAAGAGAAAGCAAUUGCUAUAGCCACUAGGUUGGAUGAAACUAUAAAAACUAAAAAUGUGAAGACUCUACUAAAGGUUUCUGAGGCACUGCCCGAUGGCAGCUUUGGGAGCUCUAGUUCCCAGUGUGAAGAGUACAGCAGUGCUUGCCAGAACCUGUUUCCAUUUACACCUGCUCUUGUGCCUGCUGAGAAUGAAGCUCUGGGUCCCAGCGCUGCACUGAACCACACAGCUGGCCACAAGCUCUUGAGACGUGAACUUUGAAAUAUGGUGGGAAGUUGGCACCUAUAGCUUUGAAGCUGAAUUCCCUUCAGGGCGGCU